UCUGUGCCAGCAGGUGAUAGUGCUGUGUGGUGUACAGUGGCCGGUGGUGUAGUGUUAGUGCAGUGUACAGAACCACCCUGGCGCCCCGCCAUGCCUGUAUGGAGCCCGCCCUCCCCGUGCCUGACUCCGACUCCGACUCGGGGGAUGAAACCGUUCCCGCCGACCCGGAGAAAUGGUCAGGCGGCGACGUGGCGCGGUGCGUGCGCUGGGUGUCGCGCACGUUCAGCGUGCCGGCGCCGCGCAGACACCUGCUGCCCGACACCGGCGCCGCGCUGCUGCAGCUCACUGAGGACCACUGGCAGCAGGUGUGCGACGGCAACAGUCAGGCGGCGCGGAUUUUCCACGCGUACCUGAAGCACGCGCACGCCGCCGCCAAGGGCCGCCCGCCGCCGCCGCCGCUGCCCGAGCACCAGGCCGCCUCCACCACCUCACCACAGCCGUAUGCGGCGCUGUCGGCUUGCGGUCGCGGCAGCGGCGGCGGGCAGGUGCAGCUGUGGCAGUUCCUACUGGAGGAGCUGGCGGCUGGAGCACCUGGCAUCUGCUGGGAGGGACCCCCCGGCGAGGGCGAGUUCCGUCUGUCGGACCCGGACGAGGUGGCGCGGCGCUGGGGCCGGCGCAAGCAGAAACCCAACAUGAACUACGACAAGCUGUCCCGAGCCCUCCGAUACUAUUAUGACAAGAACAUUAUGAGCAAGGUUCACGGCAAGCGGUACGCGUACCGGUUCAGCUGGGCGGGGCUGGCGGCGGCGUGCCAGGCGCAGGCGGCCGACGCGCCGCCCUACUGGCACUACCUGCCGCCUUCCGCCCUCGCCGGGGCACACUUCGCCCCCGCGGCCCCCACGCAGGCCCCCGCACAACCCGCGCAUGCCUCCGGGCCCCCGCACCCUACGACAUAGUCCAGUGAUUGUGAGAGUGGUUGAACAAGAUUGUAGAACUAUUUGAAGAAAGGUUGUAUGAUUUUUAUAAAAUAUUUAUGUGUAUUGAAAACUUUUGGUGUAAUAUUGUAGAGUAUAUUAUGGCACUGAUGCGGUCAUGUGACUUUUUAAAAAGUGUGUGUUCCAAGGUGUUCUAGUAAUACAGUGCAAGCUAAAUCCCGAAAUGAAAAUGUAUUGCGAAAAGCUGUAUGUUAAGUU